AGGUAUUAAUUUGUCAAGGGAAAAGAUCUCUAAAAUACUGAUUUGUGGUGAUAGAUUAUGCCUUGACCUGUUCUGCACCCCAAUUAUUUGAGCUUUGUGGGCCCCACCACAGAAGAUCUUUCCACAGUCAACGGUCCACAGCCAGUACCUCUUAUGUUCUCUUGUCAACUCGACUGUCACGUAAACUCCGAUGACAGCAGGUCAGCAGCAAACGGAAGCUGCAAGAGGACAGCAAGAACCAGUGCCCCCGAUCAUCAGGUCCAUCGAGCAAGCGAUCAGCUCUCAGCACCGGCCGGCGUAAGGCGAGCUACCGGCGGCGAUCCAUGGCGUCCCCCUCCGGGUACGAACCUCUUCUGCCGCAGGCGCCCACGCCGGUGGUGGUGGUGUCGCCCCAGUUCUGCGCGCCGGACGUGGUGCCGCUGACGGUGACCAAGAAGGACGCGAGCCUCAGCGGCGGCGACUUCACCGUCACCGACCCCAACGGCGCCGUCGUGCUGCAGUUCAAGGGCAGCGUCUGGAGCGUCCGCAACCGCCGCGUGCUCCUCGACGCCGCCGGGCAGCCCAUCCUCUCCAUGCACGAGAAGCUUAUUACAGCGCCAUUAUUACCAUUACCAGAUCCUUAGUAUGCACAACACAUGAGAGGUGUUGAGAGGCGACAGCUCGAGCGCCAGCGACCUGCUCUUCACCGUGAAGAGGUCGACGCUCCUGCAGCUGAGGACGGAGAUGGACGUCUUCCUGGCCGGGAACACCGCCCAGCCGCAGGCCUGCGACUUCAAGAUGAAGGGCAGCUACUUCGACAGGAAUUGCGCCUUCUACCUCGGCGACUCUGACACCAUGAUCGCUCAGAUUAGCCGGAAGUACACUGCCUCCACUGUGCUGCUGGGAAAGGACACGUUCAAUGUUACCGUGCUCCCUGGCGUUGACCAUGUGUUCGUCGCGGCCCUUGUGGUGGUUCUGGACGAGGUCCACAGCAGGGAUCGAAACUACUGAUGAUCCACACACCAAUCCGAGCAAGCUUCCAUCGAGUUCUACGCCUGUCAUGUUAUCAGUUAUCACAGGUUGUUCUGGUGAACGUGCUAAAUAACUGCUUGUGGGAUAUGCAUAUGUGCCAAAUUAUGCUAGCGAGAUCAGCUACUGGACGGACUUCGUUUCGUUUAUGCUGAUGUAGAGUAUUGUAUAUUAAUUUACCUUUUGAUAUAGCGUUAUUCUUCUGUGAUUA